AUGCAACUUCCAUCAAAUCAAAAUCAACACACAUCAUACUUUCCUUCUCUUCACGUUCCACACUCCAUGGCGAGGCUACUUCGAACCGCCAACACUGUUCUCUUCAACCGCUCUUUCUUCAACCACGCCAUUCCAACGCGCUCUUGCAUUAAACAUGGAGUAUUGGGCACAUCUCAAAAUUUGAGCUUUUCAACUUCUAAAGGUAAGAAGCGCUCUAAGUCAGAUGGGAGUGACUCAAAUGAAGAGAACAUGUCUAAGAAAGAUUUGGCCUUACAACAAGCCAUGGAUCAGAUCACAUCUACAUUUGGAAAGGGAUCUAUCAUGUGGCUUGGUCGUUCUGUCUCACCCAAAAAUGUACCUGUGGUGUCAACGGGUUCUUUUGCUCUUGAUAUAGCGUUAGGAAUCUUUGGUCUUCCAAAGGGACGUGUUGUGGAAAUAUUCGGUCCAGAGGCUUCUGGGAAGACAACGCUUGCUUUGCAUGUGAUUGCAGAGGCACAAAAACUAGGAGGCUACUGUGCCUUUAUUGAUGCCGAGCAUGCACUUGAUAAGACACUUGCUGAGUCUAUUGGCGUAAAUACUGAGAACUUACUUCUCUCGCAGCCAGAUUGUGGUGAGCAGGCACUUAGCCUCGUAGAUACCUUAAUUCGGAGUGGUUCUCUUGAUGUAAUUGUCGUCGAUAGCGUGGCUGCUCUUGUUCCUAAAGGUGAGCUUGACGGUGAGAUGGGCGAUGCUCAUAUGGCAAUGCAAGCUAGGCUGAUGAGCCAGGCUCUUCGGAAACUGUGCCACUCCUUAUCACUUUCACAGUGUAUAUUGAUUUUUAUAAACCAGGUAAGGUCAAAGAUUUCUACGUUUGGGGGAUUCAGCGGGCCUACUGAAGUUACUUGUGGUGGUAAUGCAUUGAAGUUCUAUUCUUCUGUGAGGCUAAAUAUCAAAAGAGUAGGGUUUAUCAAGAAGGGUGAAGAGACUUUAGGAAGCCAGAUUCUUGUCAAAGUUGUAAAGAACAAACACGCCCCUCCAUUUAAAACCGCACAGUUUGAGCUUGAGUUUGGCAAGGGGAUAUGCAAAGAAGCAGAGGUCAUAGAGUUGAGCAUAAAACACAAACUCAUAAAAAAGAGCGGUUCGUUUUACGAAUAUAACGGCAAGAAUUUCCACGGCAAGGAUGCUCUAAAAAAACACCUGAUUAACAGCGAUGGCCUGCAAGAAUUAACAACAAAGCUUAGGGAAAAGCUUCUCAAUGCUGAGACGGAAACAGUUUCAGAAUCAGAGGUGAUGGUUGGAGACGGCCCGGAAGAAAUUUCAUCAUCUGAUUCUACUGAUGAAGAAGCUACUGUUGUGGCAGAAGCUUGA